AUGUUAACACCAUUUUGGAGGGACCAUUUUGCACUCAAAAACUUUUAUUUACUUCAUGACGAUCCAAAUGUAUUUAUUACAAGCCAAUGGCAGAGAAAUAAGACUGAACCUAAUAUCAAGUACCUUAUAUAUCGCACAAUUGUAAUGCUAAUAUUUUUUAUUACGUGGAUAAUUUCAAUAAUAGAAGGCAGCGGUAGCGGUAAAUAUCCGAUUUAUUUGACCAACUGGGGAUACACGGGAUGUACAAUUCAAGCUCUUAUAGGGUUUUUGAUGCUGUUUAUGGCAGUGCUGGCAUCUAAAUACAAAAGUAUGUACAGUACAAAAGAAAAAGCUCUAAAACUUUAUCCUGUUUAUUGGUUAUUAAAUACUGUAGCGACUCCUACUGCAUUUGCGAUUACCACUAUCUACUGGUCUGUUAUAUAUAAUCCUAAAAAGGUUACGACUCCCGCUAUCAAUUAUUUUGUUCAUGGAAAUAACACAGUAAUGAUGUUUUUAGAUUUAUGGAUUGUAGGACACCCAAUUAGACUUUUGCAUGUAAUUUAUACUGUUAUUUUGGGCUUUACUUAUACAAUAUUUACAUUAAUUUAUUAUUCUGCAGGCGGAACUAAUAAAGAUGGAUUUACAUUUAUUUAUAAAAUAGUAGAUUGGACAAAGCCAGGGCCCACUGUAGGCACGUGCUUCGGUGUGAUAGUCUUCCUGAUUAUUCUUCAUCUGCUCAUGUUCCUAUUUUCUUCCUGGCGAAGAAGUCUUCAAGAAAAAUAUUGCGGAAAAGAAGUCAAUGUAACUAUAAAGGAUUCCAAACAACAGGCUGCGUAUGUUAAUGAAGCUAUGUCAAACGAUAUAGUUUGA